GCAUUAGACAUCUGUGCUUAUAGGCUCUGAUUGUAGGUUAUGUAGCUUUAUUGCUCAAAAAAAUAGAAUAAAAUAAAGACGAAUUUGCAGUAAAGUGUAUAAUAAUGCAUGAUGUAUAGAUGUGCAGGCAACUAGUGACGUAAUUUUUAUUUUCUUCGUUAUAUCUAGAUUAUCUUAGAUUAGAGUUAUAUUAGAGUAUAUAUCAUCUCAGAAAAGAGCAUACGUAUUGUAAAUGUUUCGUAAGGUCAGAUUUGUCAAGCAGCUUUGUAAUGCUGCGAAUGUAUCAACGGAAUCUGCUGCAACUGCGGAGGUAUCAAAUCGAUUGCAGCAGUUUAGAGCAAAACUACAGAGAGAUGAACAGAACGGGAUACUUACGGAUACAUUUGGACGUAAGCACACGUAUCUCAGAAUAUCUGUAACGGAACGUUGCAACCUUCGCUGCACAUAUUGCAUGCCUGCAGAGGGUGUCAAGUUGACUAAAAAGGAAGGUAUUUUGAGAACUGACGAGAUAAUACGGAUAGCUGAUCUUUUUGUCAAAGAAGGAGUACGCAAAAUAAGAUUGACUGGUGGUGAGCCCACAGUUCGUAAGGACAUCAUUGACAUUGUUGGACAACUUAAGCAAUUAAAGAACUUGGAGCAAGUUGCCAUCACUACUAAUGGACUAACGCUAACCCGUCAGUUGCCAUCUCUUCAACGAGCAGGAUUAGACAUGCUGAAUAUAUCGUUAGAUACACUGAAAGAGGAACGCUUUGAGAUGUUUACUCGCAGAAAGGGCUGGGCAAGAGUUAUGACAUCUAUAGAUCUCGCUGUACAACUUGGUUAUGAUCCUGUCAAGGUCAAUUGUGUUAUAAUGCGUGGUCGUAAUGACGAUGAAAUAAUUGAUUUUGUCGAUUUCACAAGAGAUCGUCCCAUCAAUGUACGUUUCAUAGAAUACAUGCCGUUUCAAGGUAACGAGUGGAAAGAAAAUAAAAUGGUCUCGUUUGUCGAAAUGAAGGAAAUAAUCCGAAAGAAGUAUCCUAAUUUUCAAGCUCUGCCAAAUCAAGCCAAUGAUACAUCCAAGGCCUAUCACGUGCCAGGAUUCAUCGGACAAGUUGGAUUUAUCACAUCGAUGAGUCAGCACUUCUGUGAUUCGUGUAACCGUUUAAGAAUAACGGCGGAUGGCAACCUCAAAGUAUGUUUAUUUGAAGGGAAGGGUGAAGUUUCCCUCCGAGACGCUUUGCGAGAUGGAGCUUCGGAAGAUGUAUUGAAAAAUUUGAUAAGAAUGGCGAUAUUGCGAAAAAAGAAGCAACAUGCAGGAAUGUUCAAUCUAACUCAGAUGGAAAAUAGGCCAAUGAUCCUUAUCGGGGCCAAUUACGCGCGUAAGGAGCGAUUAUGUCACAAAGUAGACAAUACCGUGUCGAUGUGGGACACGUAUAAGUAUUUUCCGUACGUUCCUGCGUAUUCUAAGACAAAUAUGAGUAUUAGAAUGUAUUCAUCAUUGUCGCACAUAGACGAGACCGGUAAAGCGAAUAUGGUGGACGUCGGGUGGAAGGAUGACAGUAGACGCGUGGCGAUUGCGAGAGGAUUUGUGAGGGUGGGUCCCGUUAUCAGUAAUCUGAUCGCGGAGAAUAACGUGAAGAAGGGCGAUGUAUUGUCGGUGGCGCAAUUAGCCGGUAUCAUGGCAGCCAAACGCACUUCCGCUCUUAUACCGCUCUGUCAUCCGCUCUCCAUAACUUACGUAAAUGUACACUUGAAAUUGAACGAGCAGUUGCACGCAGUGGAAAUUACGUCGGAGGUCAGGUGCACAGGCAAGACCGGAGUUGAAAUGGAAGCUUUAACUGCCGUGAGUAUAGCUGCGCUCACGAUCUACGAUAUGUGCAAGUACGCUGCUGCUCCCGGCACAAUGAAAAUACAUGAUGUAGAAUUAGUAUCGAAAACGGGCGGUAAGAAAGGUAACUUUAGGCAAGAUAGCUAAAGACAUACUCAAGUGUGUUAACCCUUAGAUGGCCGGGAUUUUUCCAUUGAAAUUUGAAAUUUUUUAACGUAAAAUUUAUGCAUAUAUGCAACCUAUAGGUUCCGUAAAGUUCCCAAAUUCUCGUACCUGGCUUCUAUAUGAGCCAGUCCGGCCCUCUAAGGGUUAAUGCUGUCCGGUAUCAUUGAUCUUUCAUAAAUUGUCGAGGUCUGAUAUCUCCUAUUAGACUUUUAGACUUGCGUCUUCUAGCAAAAUCAUGUUUUUUACUCAUCAAAUGAACAAAGACGGAAUGAAUGAUAUCAGUGCUAGCAGUGAAUUGCCUUCUGUAACGUACAAAGUGUCUGGUAAUGGAGAUGUCACCACAGUUACAAGAUGAUGAGCGGAUUAAGUUAAGUAAAAAGGUCUUGUAUCGUUUCCCAAUUUUAAUUAACUCAGUUUCGCUUCGUCAUCUCACGAGCCUUCAUAUCACCUUAGUACCUCUAUUACUGGACAUCCUGUUUAUGCGUGUAUUAAGUUACUGUGUGCGUGUACGUGUGUAUAAUGUAUGUACGGUAAUGGCAAGUAAAGCAGUAUCAUGUAUUUUAUACAUUUAAUAUAUUUUAUAUAUAUAUUAAUAUUUAAUAUAUUAAUAUAUUUUUGUCUUGAAGGUAACGGGGUAAUUAUAUUAUAUUAGUUGAACUAGUUGAAUACCUGAAAUAUAAUAUGUUAAAAAAUAAUUUACAUUGGUUAUGAAUGCACGUUACUAGUUUGUUUUCUUAAUAUAUAACAUUUUUAUACUUGGGUAUGAUCAAUGUAAAGAUAAAAAAGGCAUUAUUUGUUUAUAUAAUCAACGGCGAUGUGACCAUUCCAAUAUUACAAUUUUUCAUAAUUUAAAUAGAUUGUAUUUAAAUUAUGUAUAUUUUUGUAUUGUAUUAUAAUUAUGUUAAUUAUAUUGUUAAUCGUACGGUUCGUUAAGAACACUAGAAGGGUAAUAUUGGAUAUCUGGUUAUUUUCUGUUUAAUAUCGUGCAUCAUGAAUCACGAAUAAUCCAGGUUGUAAUUUCUGAAACGUUGUUGUAUUUUGAAAAAUUUUAUUAUGAUAAUAUAUAAUGUUUAUAAAAAAA